UAAUUUCAUGCCAUAUCCCUUAACGUUUGAUUUUAAUAACUAGAGAAAUACACGUAAUUAUUAAUAACGAAGAUAAUAAUAGUAUUAAUUAACAUUGUCAUAACUUUUGCUUAUAUGCCUACUAGUAAGUAAAUAAGAGGUAAAACGUCAUACGACAAAGUACAACGUCACAGAGAGGUCAAGGUGACUCGCAACCACAUUGCGAGAAAUAUCUAAUGUAAAAAGGGAACGUAUUCUUUGAAUAGAUAGAAUGGAUGCAUUGUACAAAUUGUUUCCUGAGGACAGUAAAGAAUUUCCAUGGGAUGAAACAAUACUUGAAGAGUUUAAAAAAAUUAUAAAUGAAAAUGAACUUAAAUGCAGAAUGGACGACACGUUUCUUCUUGGAAUUCUUCGUGCCAGAAAGUUUAAUUUAGAAAGAUCGCUUCAAUUGCUUAAGAAUUAUUACACUAGAAGAAACGACCACCCUUCAUUCUUUAAAAAUCUCCUUCCAUCGAAACUAGAAAGAGUUUUGUCUUUAAAUUAUAUAAAAGUCAUACCGAAACCUGAUCAAAAUGGAAGAAUUAUUGUUAUAUUAGAAGCUGAAACAUGGGAUGUUUCAGAAACAACUGUAUUAGAUUUGUACCGUGUUGUAUUCCUUUACAUAGAUUUACUGUUGAAUUUGCAUCGCCUUCAAGAGAAUGGAUUAGUUGCAAUUAUUAACUCUCGAGGAACAACCUUUGGACAAUUCUUGCAAUUUACACCCAAAUUUAUAAACAAUAUAGUAACCUUAGUAGUCAGAGAUGCGUAUCAACUACGACUCAAAGAACUUCAUUUUGUCAACAUCAACCCCAUCGUCAAAGUCAUAGUGAGCAUUCUUAUUCCAUUUCUUCCUGUGAAAAUACGAAAACGAUUAUUUGUACACACCGGAGUAACAACUUUAAGUGAUUUUGUUAAUCCAGAAUAUCUUCCUGAAGCGUAUGGAGGAACAUUACCCGAUUUCGAUCCAAAUGAAUUUAUGAACGUUGUAAAACAAAACGAAGAUUUCUUUCGAGAAAACGAGGAAUCUCUCAAGACAUAUAACGAAGCAGUUCAACAAAGAUUUUCUGAAGGAAAUUUCAAAUAUAUCAAUCCCGAUAGUGUUAACUAUGAAGAAAAACUUAUAGAAGAAUCCGAAGAAAAAUUCAAAAUGUUUAAAGAAGAUCCAGAAAAUUUUACAAAAUACGCUGAAGAAAGCGCUCAUGAUGAAGUCGUACGUCUGUAAAUGAUCCUCUUUGAAACGGGUAUUCAUUGUUUAUAUCAGUAUUCCAAGUUAUACAAAUAAAAACAACAGAUGGUGCCACACGCCGGGAAAGUUACGCAACUUGUUGCUUAAUUUUUUUAUCAUUUGAUAUCUAAAAUAAUUUUAAAUGAAAUGAUAAAAUAAAGGUUUAUAAACACUAUAUUAACGAGAAUAAGUUGAUUU